GCCUUAGCCUGGGAUGGCCGGGCCCUGCCGGGAGGAGGCGCCACUCGCAGCUACAGGUGCCCGCCCUGGGGCAGCACUUGAACUUCACUCCAACUAAGGGAGGAGGGAAGAAGGAGGAAGGGGCCGGGCUGGGUCCCCGCCCCUCGCACCCCGGAUGGAUGUGCCAGGCCCGGUGUCCCGGCGGGCGGCGGCGGCGGCGGCCACCAUGCUCUUGCGCACUGCGCGGGUCCCUCGCGAGUGCUGGUUCUUGCCCACCGCGCUGCUCUGCGCCUACGGCUUCUUCGCUAGCCUCAGGCCCUCCGAGCCCUUCCUGACCCCUUACCUGCUGGGGCCGGACAAGAACCUGACGGACAGGGAGGUCUUCAAUGAAAUUUACCCAGUAUGGACUUACUCUUACCUGGUGCUGCUGUUUCCUGUGUUCCUUGCCACAGACUACCUCCGUUACAAACCUGUUGUUCUGCUGCAGGGACUCAGCCUUAUUGUUACAUGGUUCAUGCUGCUCUACGCCCAGGGACUGCUGGCCAUUCAGUUCUUGGAAUUCUUCUAUGGCAUCGCUACAGCCACAGAAAUUGCCUACUACUCAUAUAUCUACAGCGUGGUUGACCUGAGCAUGUAUCAGAAAGUUACAAGUUAUUGUCGAAGUGCCACAUUGGUGGGCUUCACAGUGGGCUCUGUCCUAGGGCAAAUCCUUGUCUCAGUGGCAGGCUGGUCCCUGUUCAGUCUGAAUGUCAUCUCUCUUACCUGUGUUUCCGUGGCUUUUGCUGUGGCCUGGUUUCUACCUAUGCCACAGAAGAGUCUUUUUUUCCACCAUAUUCCCUCUACUUGCCAGGGAAUGAAUGGCAUCAAGGUACAAAAUGGUGGCAUUGUUACAGACACCUCAACUCCUAAUCACCUUCCUGGGUGGGAAGACAUUGAAUCAAAAAUCCCUCUUAAUAUGGAGGAGCCUUCACUGGAGGAACCAGAACGCAAGCCAGAUCGUCUCCUGGUACUGAAGGUCCUAUGGACUGAUUUCUUGAUGUGCUACUCCUCUCGUCCUCUGCUCUGCUGGUCGGUAUGGUGGGCCCUCUCCACCUGUGGCUACUUUCAAGUGGUUAACUACACACAGGGCCUAUGGGAGAAGGUGAUGCCUUCUCGCCAUGCUGCUAUCUAUAACGGUGGUGUGGAGGCUGUUUCAACCUUACUGGGUGCUGUUGCUGUGUUUGCAGUUGGUUACAUAAAAAUAUCCUGGUCAACAUGGGGAGAAAUGACUUUGUCUCUGUUUUCUCUUCUCAUUGCUGCUGCAGUGUCAAUCAUGGACACUGUGGGUAACAUUUGGGUGUGUUACGCAUCCUAUGUUGUCUUCAGAAUCAUCUACAUGUUACUUAUCACCAUAGCAACUUUUCAGAUUGCUGCCAACCUCAGCAUGGAGCGCUAUGCCCUGGUGUUUGGUGUAAAUACCUUCAUUGCUCUAGCGCUACAGACUCUGCUUACCCUAAUUGUGGUGGAUGCCAGUGGCCUUGGCUUAGAAAUUACCACUCAGUUCUGGAUCUACGCUGGUUAUUUUGCACUCAUCGCUGUGGUUUUCCUUGCUAAUGGUAUAGUCAGUAUUAUGAAGAAAUACAGAAAGCAUGAAGAUCCAGAAUCAAGUUCUCAAGCAACCACUUCAUAAAACAGUGUGCUAAUCUUCUCAAAGCAAGAACUCUGCACAACAACUGUGUCUGGAUAUAUUUAAUUUUGUAAGGUGUAGAUAUAUGUUUGUAACUGUGCAUUCAUUGCUUCAGAACAGCCACAUGACUAUACCUUGCAUUCCUGGAGUAACAUAAUACUGUUCAGAAAAGCCAGAAGUGAAGUUUAUAUAAUGGAUUAUUUAUGUAAGCUAAUUAAAUUGACUUUUUCUGAUUGAAAAGUAAAUUUGAUUUUGAAGCCAAAAAAUCAGGAGCAAUCAAUCAGCACAUGGGUUGUCUACUUCGUAGCAAGUGAGUUUGGUGUUUCAUAGGUCAAAUAUGUGUGUAUCUGUCUAGCAUGAAUCUUUUCCCAGUGGAACCAGGAUUCACAGAGGCCACACGAUGUUACAGGUCAGAAUGGAAAUAUGUUCUGAUAGCAUGUUCCUCUGUUCUACUUAAUUCUUAUUCUUGUUUUGGUGUUAUUCAUGUCCAUUCAUAUUCCUACAGUGACAGUUGUUCCUGUCACUGACAGUAUUUGUGCUGGCUUGCUUUUCUGUCCUAUGAAAAGUAUGUGUCACUUCUAAUUUUAUAUUAUUGUAGAAAAUUCAUUGUAUGAAUGUUCUGAGUUCCAUGUUGACAAUGAUGUAUUUAUGUAGAUUUUCUUUAGAAGUACAUUUUUGCAUUAUUCAUAUGCUUCCCAGAGAAGCUCACUUAGUUAGAAAAUAAGGCAAGUUUUGAAGCCUGCUAAUAAUCUAGGUGAAGACCUAAUCAGAAAAUUUAAGGUCGGUUUGCUUGCCUUUUAUUCUUCUAUAGGAAGGACUAUUUAUUCCAUGAUAAAAAUUCAGUGUAUUGAUUAAAGAUACAAGUAGCCCAGUUUGUAUUUGCAUUCCUCUUUAUUUCCAAAAUAAAAUGAGGUCUUUUUUUUUUUUAAUGAUUUUUGUCCCUAUUUAGAGCUGUUAUAUUAUUUGUCCUUAUCAUCCAAGAUACAGGUGUCAUUUAGCUGUUUGAUUAUUCCAAGACCUUUUUCAGAAACUGAGCCUGUUUUUAAUUAUUCAGAAGGACAGGAUCUAGUAUAGACUUGAUUCCUGCUUUUUUGUACAUUAAAGCUGCCCUAUUUCUAAGGGUAGGUGUUCUUGAGUAUUUGCUUAAAAUAAGACUGCUAGUGAUUCCAUUUCCAAGUUACUUGAAAAAAAGUUAUUCUGUAUAUACAUUUAAUUUUGAUAGCAGUCUACCAAGUGGCUGCUAGUAUAUGUGAGACAUAUUUUAAAGCCAACUUUGUUGCCUUAUCUUGAAAAGAAUUUAAGUAGCUGCUUUCAACAUGGGGUGUUAAACUUUUUUAGAAUGUCACAGCUCAGCUGUGAAUAAUAGUGUAAAGAUUGCAAAAUCUUUAUAUUCAUUUCAUUUCAGCAGCAAUUCUAGCAAAUGAAUGAGUAGAAGAAUAGAUCGUUUUCCAUUCACCUUCUUUUCUAAUUAAGGAAAAGGAAAAGAUCUCUAGCCUAGGAAAGGAAGAGAAAGUCAUGUCAUAAAAGUAAUAAUCUCUAAUUUUUUUGUCAUUUUCUUUUUGCUACACAGAGAAUUGUUUACUUAGAAACAAAUAGAAGAGUGGUGUUUGAGAGAUUUUAAUUAAUUAUUUAAAGAAAGAGGACUAUAGUGCAAGCAAAUUGUUCAUGUUACCAAAGCAUUAUUUCCCUGGUAUUUAAUUCCAAGUUUCUGGCAUAUAAAAGGAGGCUUUACUAAUUUAAGAUAAUAAUAAUUUCACAUCUUGGUGUGUGUCCAUAUUUGUAGAAUGUUGAGCCCCAUUUGAACGUUGUACUGUAUGCAGUUUUGCAAAGAAGUGAAAAUAACCUGUACUUUUUAUUCAAAUCUGUAUAGAUUAUCAAAUUAUUUUUAUUA